GUCGCCCUCUUCUACCUCAUCCUGCGCGGGCUCGACACGAUCGAGGACGACAUGACGAUCCCGAUCGACAAGAAGGCGCCCUUGCUCGAAGAGUUCUACAAGCACCUCGAGGAGGACGGCUGGAACUUCCAGGAGUCGGGACCCAAUGAGAAGGACCGGGCACUGCUGCAGGAGUUCGAGGUCGUCGUCACCGAGUUCAAGCGCCUCGACCAGGGCUACCGGACCGCGAUCUCGGACAUCACCAAGAAGAUGGGCGCGGGCAUGUCGCGGUACGCCAAGAUGCACGCCGCGAGCGGCGGCAAGUUCUCGGUCGACACGCUCCCGUCGUUCGACCUGUACUGCCACUACGUCGCCGGCCUCGUCGGCGAGGGCCUGUCGCGCCUGUUCUCGGCGUCGGGCAAGGAGUCGCCGCACCUCGGCGAGCAGCUCACCCUGAGCAACUCGAUGGGCCUCUUGCUCCAGAAGACCAACAUCCUGCGCGACUUUCGCGAGGACGUCGACGAGGGCCGCGUCUUCUGGCCGGCCGAGAUCUGGUCCAAGUACGUCACGAGCCCGGAGCAGCUGCACCAGGCCGGCAACGAGGACAAGGCCAUGUGGGCCCUGAGCGAGAUGGCCGUCGACGCCCUCACGCACGCGACCGACGCCCUCGACUACCUCACCCUCCUCGGCAACCAGAGCGUGUUCAACUUUUGCGCCAUCCCGCAAGUCAUGGCCAUGGCGACGCUCGAGGCGUGCUUCAUGAACCCGGCCGUCAUGCACCGCAACGUCAAGAUCCGCAAAGGCGAGGCGGUCGGUCUCAUCAUCGGCGCGACCAACCCUCGCGACGUCGCCUACACGUUCCGCGACUAUGCGCGCAAGAUCCACGCCAAGGCGCGCCCGAACGACCCGAGCUUUAUCAAGCUCGCCGUCCUUGCCGGUCGGAUCGAGCAAUGGACCGAGACGCGGUACCCGUCCUUCAUCCAGAUUGGC